AUGAUGGAACCAGUGCCACAUCAUGGCGGCGUCGCGGGCAUCUUUGUCGAGGAAAAAGACGGGAAUAUGCAACUUCAUGCAUCGAAAGCACCUGUUUCUUCAUCAACUACCAGUAGCAGUAGCCCCUGGCAAAAGCGAUCGUCGACAUACCUUCCCACAACGUCGUUCGCACCAGUGCCAUCGGCAUCGUCGUCUCGAAUCACGAACUCGGCGACGUCACUGCCUGUGUUCCGCCAUUGCUCGGCCCUUCCCGAGUACUUUUGGCGCGUCGUAGAUUACCGACAGAUGGACCUCGAAGCGACGUACUACCAAAUGGUUACGCUGUGCGUGUCCCCUACGAAAGUGUACAAGAGCGCGUAUUACCGAAAGCAGACCAAGAACCGAUGGGCCCGCGACGAUCCUGCGUUUGCCGUGAUCCAGGUGCUCUUCCUUGUCGUGGCAUCCUUGGCGUGGGCAGUUGCAUUUGAAAAAACGUCGUCUUUCGCAUUUCUCCUGCUAUGCGACGUCCUGGUCGAGUGGUUGCUCCUGGGUUUGCUCGCAUCGACGUUGACGUGGUGGUGUGCCAACGAAUUCCUGCGGCUCGGUCAACCAGCGUCCAGCAGCGCCCGGUCCCCCGCGACCGACACGUUCUUCGUCGCCCAAGCUGUCGAGUGGCAGUAUGCAUUUGACAUUCACUGCAACUCGUUUUUCAUCUUUUUCCUCGUCGUGCACGUCCUUCAGUUUUUAUUCUUGCCAUGGCUGCUGUCGCCAUCGCUCGUGUCACUCGUGGUCGCCAACACAAUCUACGCCGUCGGGUGCGGCAGCUACGUCUACAUUACCUUCCUUGGUUACAUGGCGCUUCCUUUCCUCCAUCACACGGAGCGCUUCCUGUACCCGAUUGUCGCGAUUGGAGGUCUGUACCUGUCGUCCGUCGUCCUCCAGCUCGUGUUUGGAGCUACGUUCAAUGUUGCGUUGAUGUCGGCCACGGCUCGUCGACGCCCAGGGAUGGACAACAUCUUCACGGGGGAAACGUCCGAGGAAGCGGCGGAGAAGCACAGUCUGCGCAUGGACUAUGCGGCCGUCCUGCAAGAACAGAUCCGCGAGCAAAACGAAAAGAAGGAGCGGCUCAAGCAGCAGAAGCGCGACGAGCAACGCCUCGAGCGCGAGGAAAUGGACCGUAUGCGAAACACCACCCACCACCCGGCAUCCAAACACAACAACCAGCAACGCCCCCUCGCCUCACCCGAGAAACCUGGAAACUCGCAGGCACCUCCGCAUCAAAGUCCGACCAAGCUUCCUGCCGCCGCGACCACGAUUCACGGCUCCCCUGCGACGUUUGUGCAGCCAUCACAGCACGACACGUCAUCAAGUCCUCCACCGAUGCUGUCAACGUGCAUGGGUCCUCUGUACACCCCGCCGCCCUCGAUAAAGCAGUGGCGGCCAUCGCUCGCUGCUGCGACCCCCGAGCUCGAUGCAAUUCAACGGUUGCGCCAAGAGCUCGAAGAUGCGAGGAAGAUGCGAUCGCUGGCGCAAAAGCAAAUGUAUCAAAAGCCAAACUUUCUGGUCCCUUCGACGCCAUCCGUUGCCGUGCCUGCUUUGAAAGGAAGCGCUUUUCUUGACGAGAUGACUUCGCCAUCGCCACGUGGGAAGCACGCCACAUUGAAAGAACACCUUCGCUGUCCACAGUCACGGCCGACGACACCCGCGCUGGAUGAGCACGUGCUCGGAUUUGGCGCCAACAACAACCAGCUGGAGAGCAGCAGUUCGUUCGUGGCCGUGACCAUCCCAGAGAAGAACGCGAAUGCAAGUGUCCGCAGCGGCGUGGCAUUGCAGGUCGAAAGCUGCUUUGUUCCACUGGAUUCGCACCAUGCUCCGGUCGCGCUGGCUUCGCACUGUCGCGGAGGAGGACUCGGCAAGAGCAAUGCUGCGUGCCCUGAACUCGACGGCGAUAAACCAAAGGGCGGAAAGAUGCAUUGCAACAAUCUGGAAGACUCCAUCGACGACAUUGACGCUAUCCUGCACGCGUUCCUCGCCAAGACGACGCGCUAA